UCUCAAUUACCUUCAUGAAUACACCUGAUGAUCAGACUGGGAGAGAAAGCAGUGACCACAUGAUCAUUUGUGGGGUACGUGCAGAUCCUCUACCCAUUAUUUCUUGGUAUGUGAACGGGAGUCUUAUUGUGGAUGGUCCUCGUCGCACAAUUACAGAAGAUGGACUGUACAUACGGAAUAUGAAACCUUCUGAUGCUGGGAACUACACUUGCCGAGCUUUCGUCGUGACAAAGCACAACUCUCAAAUAAAGGACAAGCACAUAACGGUCCACGUCCAUUAUAGACCAGUCUGGAAAAAUCCAGACGUAGAUACUUUUUAUGGCGUCAUUGGUUCCAUAGCGAACCUCACGUGUGAAGCACAAUCCCAGCCACCUCCUACAUUUGAAUGGUUCAGGGGAAGAACGUUGCUUGGUAACAGUCAGAUUUAUAGAAUCAUCAAUGGCAUGUGGAAAAGUGUUAUACAGGUAAAGAUAAAAGAUCAUUCGAGCUUUGGAAUAUAUGUAUGCCUCGUGAGCAACACUAUUGGCGAAAUACAAAGAGAAAUGUCAUUGCUAGAAGGAGUACUUCCUAAUCCUCCAACCUUCACAUUAUCGAGCGAAGAGCCUGGAAUUUUGGUUGUCAAGAUAUUUCAAUCGCCGUACGAUUCACUUCCUCUAACAGGGUACAAAAUAAAAUGGAAGCAAAUAACAGACUUGUGGAAGCACGCCAGAGAGUAUCUCACGAGCAAAGGUAACGAGUUCGUCAUCCAGGAUCUGAAUUUCGACACUGAAUAUGCUGUACGUGUAAGCGCAAGAAAUGCCAUCGGCUUCAGCAAUUUUACUGAGACUCAAGUACAGAGGACUAAAGGCUUAGUGGCCGAAACUGUUGUCGAUGGUAGCAGUGUUCUGUCUUCCACCUUCAACGGUUGUCCGAGACAGUUCUCGGUCUUCCAUCAUCUCCUGUCGAUUGCCGUUACAUCUUCCGUUGUCAUCUUCGAUCUGAUCUUCCACUCUUCUGGACGCAUUGUGUCCUGAUCAUUGAAUACGUGCCAUUAAAUGUGUGAUUUCUUGUGAUUAAGACUUCAGAUGAAUUAUUUUCUUCGAAUGGUUUUUCAGAUGAAGAAGCGGGAAGCAAAUGUCGAUGUUCCACAAUUGUUGUCAAGAAUUCCUGAUUUGCACUAGACGAUAUCUUGGGGAUCCAGCACUAAUGUUCCUUGUCCGGCAAUGUCCAACAUUAGUUAAUGGUUAAACUUACUGUCUGUGAGGUUCUGAAUUCAUAACAAGCCUGAAAAGUCUUCAGCAUAAAACAGUGGUGCGAAAACAAUAAUAAUAAGUAACAUAUUGUAAAUAAAAUUGCAAUUUAACUUUCAGAGAAGAUAAAAUUUGUCUAUGGGAUAUGUUACAUAGGAUUCCAGAAAGCAGAUCGAGUGACAAUUGUUGAUAAACAGAAUGAGUUCAUUAAAGAUUACACGUUUUAUGAGUGCUAGAUGCCACUUUGGUACAACAUACAAAACUUUCAGAUUUAUUUGAAUGGAAAGCAUAUUGUUGUGAAUAAUGUGGUGUAUUCUAUACGUUGUGAAUUGUGCUCAAAUAGAUGUUGCCAUUCAUGAUUUUUAAUCGGUGUGCUCAUUCAAAAGCAUUUAAAGCAUUUUAUGGAACGAGUUUAUGCUAUGUUGAAUAGCCCUGACAAUUUUACAGAUUAUUUUUCUUUUUUAAGGACUCAACUGAAGGUGCAUUAUUUUCAAGAAAAUUUGUUGAAGAUUUCUGGAAAAGGGUCUUAUGAUGAAAUCAUUUCUAAACGUUGUAAAUUUGGAAAAUGUUAUUUAAACACUUGUGCUGACAUUUAAAGUAAAAGACAAAGUUCUGAAUUAUUUUCUUUUCCCUAAGUAUAAAGAAUGUAAUAAGUUCUUUUUGAAAGAAUUAGUAAGAAGUGUAAAAGAGUAAUCCUUCAACUUAAAACCGGCAGGCAGUUUCCCAACGUUCUACGUCAUUUGUAAAUUAAAAGCUAUAAUUUUCUUUUUAUUGUGAAUAGGCUUUCGAAAAACGUGCGCUAAUAAAGUGUGUAAUAUAAUUAAUGCGGGCAGACAACUUCUUAAUUGGUUGGUAAAAAAUGAGAAAAAAACAUUUUUUUUAAUCCUCUUCUUGCUAUAAAUCAAUUUCUUAAGAAGCUGCACAACAGCUUUAGAGAAAUUGUGAUGCAGUAUUCCUGUAAUUUACACCAAAAUUUGGUUACUUAUCACCUAGCGUUGUUUAAAGGCUCAUUUUAUUUAAGAUUCAGGUAUAAAAUUGAUUAGAUAUUUUGUAUGUAAUCAUUCACGUGCUCACAUUCACAUAACGGUUAAAGAACAUGUUGCUGCACUUAUACAACAUCUAAUGUAGUUUAAAGUCUAUGAGAAACUAUGUAAUACCUAAUAAGAUGAAUUGUUUAGGAACGAAAUGGCGAAAGAUUGUAUAAUCCGUAUAUUUUCAUGAUGGAAACAGUUUUCUUAAUCUUAUUAAAGGAGACUCCAAUGCUCAACUGCAUGCUUUUGUUUUGAUAUAUUUAACAGCAAUUUUUAAAAUUAUUAAAACGCGACAUAUUAAACAAAUUUAAUAAACGUCUGUUAUACUUUCUCAAACGCUCGAAGCAUUUUAACAACUUUGAUUUAUAAAGUGACAUUUCUCGUAUUUGCAUAUGACCUGUAAACAGUAUAGAACAGCUGGGUAUGUGGCAGUCACGUCCAUCAGUCUACAUUAAACUUACGACUUAGUAAUAUUAUAAAUGAUAUUUUAACUUAUGGGAACUUGAAUAAUUUCACCUAUGUAUUUAUAAUUGGCAAAAGACACUUUUGUAAAACAUUUUUCGUCAUUUGUUCAGUUUACUGUGCUGCCAGCAUUGUUAAACACGUAGACAGUGAUGGAGAAGUCGUGGUAUAUCUAUUGAUAUUUCGAAACAAACAAAACAGCGCCUGUGUUGUGGAUGCUUCGAAAGGUAUUGUCCUUUGCCUGAUGAAUCUCUAUAACAGUUUCGAAAGGUUUUCAUGAAGUGUUUCCUUCAUGUUAGAAAUCAUGUGGUGGAUAUGAGAGAUGGGAAAGUAGUUUUGAGCUCUUUCCACCAACCAAUAAACCGUUUUACUUUGUUCCGAACAUUAUCCUUCAAAAUGGCGAAUCCUGUAAUGUCUGACCUCUUCUUUCACGAAGCUGAUCGUAGGUUAAGUUAAUUUUCGUCUUCGUGGUAAUACGUAAUGAGAAAACUUUUCCAGUGGACAUAUAAAUUUUGGCUUGUACGAUCUGACCAAUAUAUCAUGCAACUUGAUGAUGAUCACGAAGACACCAUAGGAUUUAGAAAGCGUUUGGACAGCAUCUUAAUAUAACCACUUUGCAUUUCCAAUAAAUCUGUAACUUCUGUUGGAAAACAGAAAUAAUUACACCUCAGAGUCACAAAAUAAACAUAACUUAAAAUGAUUCACAUGUGAAUCGCAUUAAAACUGAUAGUUCAUUUACGUUAAGAUAGGAUAAGAAUCGAACUAACAAAAAGCAUAAGAGAAAAGCAAGCUUCCGAUUUAUAUAAACAGUAUCUCCGUGAUUAAAAAUCCCAGUCCAUAUGUAUCCCAGUCCAUACCCAAAGCUGCGAUCCUCUCGGCUAAAUAAUGUAUUCGAACUGCAUAUUAAAAACUGAAUUAUUUUAAAAUUGCACAAUACAGGUGAAAAUCGAAACUCGAGACUUUUGUAGACACACUGCAAUAUUGGAUUUGGCAUAAUAUUUUAUAAAGAUUUAAAAUUUUCAGUAAACUUAAGGUAGUGUUUAGUUGUUUUUAAAUAAGACAACGCGUAAUUAAAAGGAACGAUUUCAAUAUGCUAUUCCCCUUUUAAUACAAUACCAGAUGCAGGAUCACUCAAUUAAUAUAUCUCAUAAAGAGAUAUGUAUACACAUUUGCAAGAUUAUUAUGAAGUUCGUAUGUUUUUUUAGUUAUUAUUAUGUUUUAUUUUUUUAUUUUUAUUUUAUUUUUUAUUUAUUUAUUUUUUUUUCUUUUGGGGUGGAGAUGAAAAAAUUAGCAGAAAGCAGGGAAUAAAUUCUACUCUGUGUGUAUGGUGUACUUUUUAGAAAAAUUUUGAUUUCAUGUACUCCGUCUUCUCGAAGUAUGCCAAUGAAUUGUUUCUUAGUGAAAUGGGCCAUUUUUAUCCAUCAGUGAUAACUGAUCAUUAUCACGUUAGAGUAACUAACUUACGCUGAGUUAUAUAGCUUACAUUAUUGCCAUAACUCUAAUCAAUAUGCUUAAACUGAAAAUCUAGAAUGGGGUACUUCUCAGAACUGCAAUGAAUGUAUAAAAUACGGAUAUGUGAAAGCAUCAUUUCAUGAUUAAAUAUAUCUUAAUUAGAAAAAUAUUCUAUAUUCCUCACAUAGAAUAUUAAUCUCUAACCAGAAAACAUUAUUAAUAACUCUCAGCAAUUAUUUAAAUUUUAUUUCGACAUCUUUAAUUCUAAAUGAAUUUCUUUAUAGAAUUUAAGGUGAUUAAGAUUAAAAUCAAAAGGUUGUUGUAAAAUUAAUACCACUUCUCACGUAAAAAAUUAAGAUUAAAUUGCAAAUUAAAUCUAAUUAAAUAUAUUAUCAAAACAGGAGCUUUAUUGAUUUAAUUUUAAUAUCAAAUGUCGUCGUAAAUUCAUGAAGUACCACUAAUUAGCUUCCAAGUUUAUUACGCAAGUAUCCGUGUAUCUAAUUAAUAUUUUGACAUGCUGCAAAAUAUAUUCCUUAAAAUCUGGGUAAUAAUGAGAAGAAAAAAGUAUACGACACGUUUACGUUAGGUGAUUGUAGAAUAAUGUUUGUAAUAUGAAUAAGUAGUUCGCAUCCCAUACAGGAAUGAUUUUAUUUUACUUUAUUAAAUAAUUUGCUUUUUAAUAUUUCGAAUGCAAAUUUGACAGUUGUUCAAUUUAAAUUUCCAUUAACGUUUUAAUCGUACUUUAUUUAAAGAUAUUGUUUUGACUAAGAAGGUUCUCUUGUUUUCAACUCUCCCUGAAAUUCGCUCUUUGCAAAGAUUUUUUUUUUGUUUUGUUUUGUUUCAAUUAUAUUUUUUGAGCAUUCUGCAUGUAUACAUUAAUGCAUACUUAUACACCUUUCAAUUAUAAUUAAUGUUUUUCUUUCGAACGUAUUUUGCUAUUAAUAAAAUACAUAUUUCCAAAGUUACAAGUACUCAUACAGAUUGCCAUUUGGGUAACUCUGAUAUGCAAUAGAGAAGAAGUCAUAUUCAUUUAAAGUUCAGUAUUAGGGUUUUAACCAUUAGGUUUUUUUAAUCAAAAGUAUUGAUAAAGUAUCACUGUAUAAAGUUUUGAAUUUGUUUUCAUAUGAAAAUAUAAAUUUUUAAACUUUUUCUUAAAAGUCAUAGAGAGAUGUUAUGCUGUUCUUCAAUUCCCUUUACUAUGAAGUGAU